AGCUGGGAAGGAGAGGGCUGCCUGCUCAUGCGCUGAGGUCGCCUAUAGACACAGCAGUAGCCUGGAGCUGCCGCACUGACACUGAGUUAAGGGCUCGCCUGCAUUUGCUAAGCAAACCGUCUGCACCAGCUGUGGCGAUUAUAUCGUGCGCCGCUCCCCUCCAAAGCCUGGACGUGGUAUAAGCCAGUGGCUGUCAUAUUUAUCCGACUCGUGUUCGCUUGACGGAUUUUUCCGACCAGUCAGUCACCAGCCGUUAUCUCCCUCUACAGCCCGCAUCUUUCCAAGGAGACUUUACGCUUCAACAUGGAAGGAGGCGCCUAUGGAGCUGGCAAAGCUGGAGGAGCCUUUGACCCCCAGACGUUCAUCAGGCAGCCCCAUACAAUCCUUAGAAUGGUCUCCUGGGUCUUCUCCAUAGUGGUAUUUGGCUGCAUUAUUAAUGAAGGAUACAUCAAUAGUUCAACUGAAGAGGAAGAGCACUGCAUCUUCAACCGAAAUCCAAGUGCCUGCAGCUAUGGGGUGACUGUAGGGGUGCUGGCAUUCCUAACCUGCCUGCUAUACCUAGCAGUUGAUAUCUACUUCCCACAGAUCAGCAGUGUGAAGGACCGUAAAAAAACGGUCAUAUCUGAUAUUGCUGUGUCUGCUCUGUGGGCAUUCUUUUGGUUUGUUGGCUUCUGUUUCUUAGCCAAUCAGUGGCAGGUUUCCAACCCCAAUGACAAUCCCAUGAAUGAAGGUGCAGAUGCUGCAAGAGCUGCCAUCACAUUUUCCUUCUUCUCCAUUUUCACUUGGGCGGGACAAGCUGUGCUAGCCUAUCAACAAUACCGCCUGGGCUCCGACUCUGCGCUGUUUUCUCAGGACUACAUGGACCCAAGCCAAGACCAAGGGCCUCCUUAUCCCCCUUACGCCAGCAAUGAAGACUUAGAUCCCUCUGCAGGCUAUCAGCAGCCCCCCACAGAAGCCUAUGAUGCUGGCUCGCAUGGUUACCAGACCCAGGAUUACUGAAAGCCCAUAUAAUAAAUGUCCCUGGCUGAGAGGUUGACAACUAUUUGUGGUUUUUAUUUCCUUUAAAGGCACUGGCCUCUUCGAUAGCAAAAAGGGUUACAAAAUAUUCUUAUUUUUUACCAUAGGGUGAGGGAGAGAGUAUUUUAUUUUUGGUUAGUUUAAAACUUGAUUUUUCUUGCCUGUUAUCAUUUUGAUUGUUAUUUUUGGAAUUAUUUGCAGCUAUGCCAAUCCAAUUCCAUGUUGUUCCUUUUUUUUUGUUUUCAUAACCAUCCUUUUUGUGUCUCUUGUUUCAUUAAAAUGAUAGAUAGGA